GCUAGCAACAGUAUCAGUUAUCCACGUCUGGCUGUUCUAGCUAGGUGCCAGUUGCAUAGGGUGCUUUUCUGGCUAGCGACACGGCCAAUCCCCAGCGCCUGCUUUCCUAUCGCAGCGAUGGGAUCGUCUGGCGGCGACGCGGUAUUCGCGGCAGCGGAGAGCACCAAGUGGCGCAGCGCCAAGGAGCGGCAGACCGUUCUCGCUGUCGCUUCCGCCACCGCUGACGUCAUCAGAUCGCAGGGCCUGUCGCCAUCGCCCACAGCGUAUUUUGCGGCGCUAAUCUCGGCGCUAGAAGCGGCCGAGUCGUUAAAAUCUUUGGGUGAGGUUCAAGGAGCGGCGGGCGCGGGGAAAUCUCUUCGCGUAAACCCGAAACCCCGUGUUAAACCCGCGGGACCCGUGAACGGUCUAGAUGCUGUUUUGGCGCUGCUGAACCUCGCGAUUCCGCUCACGCCGGAGUCGAUCGUACGGCUGAACGCAGCGCGGCUUCUGCCGCUGCUGACUGCCACCGUCGAUCUCUGGGGAGCUAAUAGCGGAUCUGGACCUGCCAAUAACGGGGAUAAUGUAUCAGGUGGAUCUGAAGUAGUGGGGGAAGAAGCUAUGGAGGACGAGGAGGAAGAGGAGGGGGGAAAGAGCGCGCACGGGGGGAUAGCAGCUGGCAAAGCGACAAACAGUCCCGGCGGCAGUGCGGGCGGCACGGGGCUGGCGUGGGCGGAGGAUCGGCGGAGAGUGGUGGCGGCGGCGGUGGACUGCCUGGGGUAUGUGAUUGCAGCGAGAGUGGCAGGUGCUGGCGGCGACCCCAAGAACGUGUGGACGGCUGACGUGGCGGCGGGGUUUAAGGCGGUGCUGGAUCACUCUGUAGCGAGUCAGCCUAAGGUGCGCAGCUUGGCGCAAUCCGCCCUCCUGAAGCUUCUCAGCACCUUCCGCGCCUCUCCCGCCGCCCUCUCCGCUGCCUCCACAGCAGUCGUCGAUUUCGCGGAAUCUCUCAUCGUCAGGGCGCUGGCUCCCUCCAAGCAGCUGGAACAGCCACGUCAGCAGCCACGUCAGGAGCCACGUCAGCAGCAGCAGUCGUUACAAGAGGCAGCCGCAGCAGCAGCGGCUGCGGUGCUCCGUUUCAUCUCCUGCCUCCGCCCUCUCCUCCCCCUUCUCUCCCCGCCCGCCCUGCCACGUGUCACCCUCCGAUUGGUCGAGCUCCUCGAGAUCCGCCACCCCCUCCUGGCCUGCCGCGUGCUGGACGCCCUCCACUCGCUGAUGUCAGCACCAACCCCAGCCACGUCAGCUGCCACGUCACCCGUUUCUAAAACCCUGAUCUCGGAGGUGGUAGCGCGGUUGCUUAAGCAGGAGGGGGAGAGGCAGGCGUUGGGGGGAGGGGCGGGCGGAGGGUGGGGGGCGGGGGGCGGGGGAGGCGGAGGGGGAAGGGGGAGGACGGAUGUAGCAGCGGUGCGUGCACUGUUGGAGUGCGUGCGGGCGGCGUUAAUUCGUCUCCACGCGAUGGAUGCUGACGCGUGCGUCAGCCUGCUGCCGUCCACGUUCUUCACUCUCAUUGACAACCUGGCGAGCGGGCACGAGGAGGUGGCGUUCGCCACGGCUGACUGCCUCAAGGCGCUCAUCACGUCCUGCAUCGACGACGCUGCUGUGGCCGCCUCCGCUGCCACAGUGCUGCAGCGCCAGGCGCAGGGGGGCGCGGGGGAAGGGGGUGGCGAAGGGGGGGCGAAGGGGAAAGCGCCAGUGGAGCGCGUGUGCGUGGCGGUGGAGCGGUCGCUGGGGUACCAGUUCCGGGCGUCGUGGGACCUGUCGCUGCUGCUCGUGGCCACUCUGUUCGACCGUAUCGGUCCCUCCUCCCACCUCUUCCUCGCCCCCACUCUCACCACCCUCUCCGAUCUCCACGACCUGCCAGACGCCGAAAUGGCCCACCGCAAGCACCUGCACGCCGCUGUGGGCGCUGCCGUCGCUGCCAUGGGCCCCCAGCAGGUCCUCUCCAUCCUCCCCCUUGGCCUUGACCCCGAACCCACCCCUGCUGCUGCUGCAACAGCACCAGCACCGGCCAAUCCGGCGUCGCCACGUGUGUGGCUGCUCCCGAUUCUGCGCCGGUACACAGCGGGCCAGCCCCUCUCCUUCUUCCUCUCCGCCCUCCUGCCCCUCUCCCACCGCCUCCUCCUCGCGGCACAGCAAGCCCGCUCCCCGCAGGUCAACCGCCUCAUUGCAGCCAAGCAGCUCGCUGCGCUAAGAGCAGCCGUCUGGUCGCUGCUGCCAGCCGUUGCUAGUUUGGCGCCUGAUACUGCACAGGUGUUCCCGCACUUAGCUAAGCAUCUGGCGGAAGCAGUGGCAGCAGGGGGGAAGGGGGACGAGGGGGAUGGCAUGAGGUCUGCUGUCUGCGUGACCUUACAGUUGAUGGUGGACCAGAACCGCAUGGCCAUGGGUCGUCCGCCCCUCUCCAAGCGUCUCACAGCCUUCGACGGGCUCUCUGGUGCUCCCACCACCUCCCUUGCUGCUGCCCUCACUGCUGGUUCUGCUGCUGCUGCUUCUGAUCCUGCAAGUGCCGCUGCUAGUGCAUCAUCUGCAGCAGCAGCAUUCCGUGCCGCACUGGAAGAUGACGAUGACAUCACCGAGGCCGAGCGGCGGGCGUGGCGCCACCUCACCGCUGACGUGGCAGCUGCCAACCUGGCCGCCAUGUCAGCAUCCGCCCGCCCGUUCCUCCCGAUGCUCUUCGACGCGUUUGUGGCCGCCGCCCCCGCCAAGAGGGGCGAGCUGCAGAGUGCCAUCGGCGCGCUGGCUGCCGUGGCAGAGCCGUCCGCUCUCAGGGUCUUCUUUAUGAACAUCAUGAACAAACUGCUCGCUGCUACGCAUGCUGCUGCUGCUGCUGCUGGUGCUGCUGGUGGUGCUGGUGGUGGCGCAGGGGGAGGGGGAGCAGCAGCAGCAGGAGGGGAUUCGAGCAAGGAAGCUGGAGAGAAGCGGGCGAUGCUGAUGGAUCUCUCCCUCUCCCUGCUGCCCGGCCUGGACGCUGAGUGCUGCCGUGCGCUCUACAACGCGACAAGACCCGCCAUCCAUGACAAGUCCGCUGCCGUGCAGAAGAAGGCCUACAAGCUGCUCGCAUCGUUGCUGGAGACGCAUCCGGAAUUCCUGAGUCAACAAGCAGAGGCAGGGCCGUUGGCAAAGGCGGUUCUAGAGGAGCUGAUGAUGGCGAUGGCUGUGGUGCACUCGUCCUCCCGGCACUACCGCCUCAAGAGCCUGCACUGCGUGCUGCUGCACCUGGCGCACUCCGAUGCUGCGGCAUUCCAGGAGGCAGUGGCUGCCACGCUCACCGAGACGGUGCUGUCAGUGAAAGAGGUGAACCGCAAGGCACGGGACGCAGCCUACCAGCUGCUGAUAGCCAUCGCCAAGGAGAUGCAGCGACUGGCGGACGAACAGCACGAGCAGCGGUUUAUGGGGGGGGCUACUGUCUACGGCGGCUUCAGUGGCGACCUGCCGAUGGAGGCAGGCGCUGCUGGUGAUGAUGCGGAUUCGCCCUUCCUCAAGUUCUUCACCAUGGUGAUGGCAGGCCUUGCAAGCUCAACCCCCCAUGGUCAGAGCGCAGCAGUGAUGGCCCUAGCGCGCCUCAUCUUCCACUUCUCCUCCUCCCUGCUCCACCUUGUGCCCUCGCUCCUCCCCUCGCUCCUCCUCCUCUUCCGCUCGCCCCACCGCGACGUCAUCAAGGCUUGUCUCGGCCUGGUGAAGGUGCUAUCUGUGCGCCUGGAGGCAGAGGACCUAGAAAACCACCUGCAGGCAAUCAUGACUGCUUUGCUCUCCACCAAUGAGAUGACAGCAACGAGAUUUAAAGCCAAGGUGCGCAAGAUCGUGCAGCGCUUGGUGCGGCGGUGUGGGCACGGCACCAUGGCUGCUGUGGUGCCGGAGGAGCAUCAGCGCCUGCUCACACACAUUCGAAAGGAGGUGGCUCGGGCUGCCAAGGCCAAGGAGAAGAGGAGAGGAGGGAAGGGGGGUUCGCAGGCAGGGGAUGAAGAGGAGGGGGGAGACGGGCGGUCGACCAUGUCUGGACGAAGCAUGGCCAGAACGAGUGACUGGAGCCACUCGAAUCUCUUCUCCGACACGUCAGCAGACGGCGACUUCAGUGAUGACGAGGAUUACAGCGAUGCUGACGAGGACGAGCGCAGCGUGUUCGGCGGCAAAUCACGCGCCGCCAAGUCAGCGUCCCGGCAGGAGGGUUCCAAGAAGUCUGUGUGGUCUCACGCCCUCUCAUCCAGGGCUAGCAAGAAGUCCCAGCACGCAAGGCCGCAGCUGCACGAGCGCAUCACGGAGACAGGUGGCGACGCGCCAUUGGAUCUCCUCGACCUCUCAGGCACGCGCCGAGCACUCUCCGCCCCCCUGCUCAAGACCGCCCGAGGAAGCACUACUUCUGCUGCUGCUGGUGCUGCUGGGGGUGGGAAGCGUCGGCGCGAUCGGGGCAAUGAUGAGGGGGAGGAGGGUGAGGACUCGGGUUUUGAUUACGCUGAGGAUGGAAGGAUUGUUGUUCCUGAUGAGACAGAGGGGGAUGGGGGUGGGGGAAGUGGGAGGAGGAGAGGAGCAAAGGGGGGAGUGGACACAGGGGGGGAUGAUGGGGACGGGAACCUGGACUAUGGGGUUAUGGAGGAUGAUGAUGCGGCGAUGGGCGAUGCCAGCCUGGCGGCGGCGAGAGCUGCUGAGCUGGCGUUUGGCCGACGGGCAAGAGGCGGCGGGGAGGGGGGUGGAGGAGUAGCAGCAGCAGGAGGAGGAGAAAGAGGGGGAGGAGGAGGAGAGGGGGGUGGUGGUGGGAGGAAGAAGGCAAAAGCAAAUUCCGGUCAAGCCAUUGCUACUGGUAAAGAUAAAAGAGGCGGGAAGAAGCAGACGGGGAGUGGCAGUGGGUGGGCUUAUACGGGGGAUGAAUACGCUGCUGGCAGUGGCAGGCGGGCGGGUGGCGAUCUGAAGAAGGAAGGGAAGCUGGAGCCGCACGCAUACUGGCCGUUGGAUGCAAAGAUGCUCAAUCGGAGGGCUGGGAAGCUGGCAGCAGCGAGGAGGGGGAUGACCAGUGUGAUGGGCCCGGGGGGGAGGAAGGGGAGCGGGGGAGGGGGAGGGGGGGUGGGGGGAAGGGCGGCGGGGGGAAGAAGCAGAACAAGGGGCAUAAGGGGCAGGGGAAGGGGAAAGGGAAGGCGUAGGGUGAGAUGAGAGAACAACUCUUCUGAGCUUCGGCUUGGACUUGGGAUGCGGCUAUGCGGCAUGUCCCUUUUUAGUCACACUGGCCAGUCGGUAUGUGUUCUUGGACAUGGUCAUCACAGUUAACAUGUGCUGCUGGCAGGCAGAGGUUUACAGUGCCGUCCUAAAACGUCCAGUCCCGUAUAUGAGGGAAUAUGGUACUGUAUUAGCCAUGGAUUUAGUGCCAUUUCUUGUUUUGGUCCUGUACCUAGGGGAACACAAUACAUGCUACGUUCCUAC